CCUCAACUCGCUGUGAUAGCUAUUAGCUUGACCAACUGGCAGCAACUGGAAUGGCAUCGACACAACCCCCACCAUCGUACGACGGACACAAGCCAAAGCGGGACAACCACUCUGUCUCAUCCACCUCGUCUCGCAGUGGCCGCUCUCAUUCUCAUCCCACCGUCGAGUCUGCGGUCACACGUCUUCUUGUGGCCAUAAAGCAGCUUCUGGAAUCACUCACACUAUGGAGCAACCUUCAAAUGUCCGAGUCCCAGAUUAGCGACGUAUACGUGCGUCUGGGCAAUGACUUCAACGCAGCAGUGGCUGCGUUUGCCUCAUUCAAUAUCGACAUGUCCGACCUCAUGUCCGUACCCGAAGACCUACGAGAGGUCCUCGAAACGUGUCUCUCCGAAGACGCUUCCCCAGACACCCUGAAUAUCUACCUUCCAAAGGUGCGCCAGAUCAUUACGAACCUGUUGCAUGGACUUCGGAACAAGCAGUCCAUGUACCGGCGGAUAGUUUCGGAGCACCAGAGUCGGCACCGGAGUGCGUCCCAUGCCCGCACCGAUAGCCGGUCCUCCAAAUCGACCAAGGACAAGGUCUCUUCUUCUAAACGAGAUGAGGAAGUCACGAGGCACCGGUCGCAGUUGUCCCGUAGCAAUGAAGAAGAGAAGAAUGUGGAGGCAAACAGGGACAGUACUGCUGUACGCACAUCCGCAAGGCCUUCCAGCAAACGACCCGAAGCACAGUCACGGAUGACACCUCCACCAUUCGAAGAGCCCGACGAUGAUCCUCCAGUCAACGAGCGGCCCGCGUCUACUACUACGAACGGGCUUCGCGCGCGCACCCCUCAGUCUUCACAGCCACGACAUUCUCAGCCAACGCCCCAGAACGCUGUAUAUGCGCCCCAAGAUGACAUUUCGACACGUGCAUCGACGGAAACACUCAUCGCCUCACAGGCACACACACCACCACCAUCUGCCCAACCUCCUAAUCUGGAAAAGGAUGUGCCCCCCACACCACCGCCACAGUUUUCCCCUGUCCCCUCAUCCGUUAAGAGAUAUUCUCUUGUGGAUAGGCCAGUCUCCCCCCCAGCUGCAUCCACUCCCACUGUCAUUGUAGAACCUUCUUCAGUUGCGGAAGACACCCACACUGGCGAGUCCUCACCUUCCUCACCCAAGACGCCAUCUGUGGAGGCGGAUGCACCUGGAGUAGCCAGUUCUCUCGCUGCGUUGAGGAACCGCGAUGUCCUCGAACGCCGGGCUUCUAAGCGCUUCUCUACCUACCAAUUCAGCAGAAUGGCAGGGAACGUUUUGACGCGGGAACGGACGAUAUCCAAUUCUCCGAGUCGACGUUCGAUGGCUGUUUCCUCGAACUUGACUCCUGGUGAACUGGCAGUACUCACAGAAGUAGACGAACCUGAUCCGAAGUCACCGGCUGGCUCGUCCAAGAGAAUGCGCACACCUUCGCCUGCAAGUAAAGAACCUGCGCCGCCCGUCCCCCCACUUCCCUUCCCUACAGGUAUGGUUCGAGCGCCGUCGCUGUCCCAGACUCUGUCGAAUAAGAGUAAAUUGUCGGAGGAGGUGGAGGUACCCGAUUUAUCUCUGUCAGUGUCAUUCCCGGUGUUCCUCCAGGUUGGUCGUGAGGUGAAGAAGGCUACGUUUGAGCCUGGGACGUCGGUUUCAUCGCUGCGUAUGCUCUUCGUCGACAAGUUCUCGUACAAUCCAGGCAUGGAGAAUUUCCCUGCUAUCUACAUUCGUGAUCCCUCGAGUGGUGUUCAGUAUGAGCUUGAGGACAUGGAAGAAGUCAAGGAAAAGUGCUUAUUAUCGCUAAACAUUGAACCACUUGACCAAAUAAAGCAGCACAUCGAUGCGCAGAUAUCCACUCUGUCAACUGACCUCAAAGAACUUAAGUCAGCAAUUACACAAAAUCGCCGGCUGUCGCACCACCCGAGUCCUAUAGUGGCACACGAGUUCGUGGAAAGCACCCCAAUUGCAGACCGCCCAACGGACAAGCAAUUCCAGCACAUCGCACGACGGUUAUCCCGUAUUGUUGGGGACUCCCAAAGUCCAUUCAUUCAACCCGAGAUGACGGGACAAUCACUUCAGUUGCAGCCGCAAAUGACUGGCGCAUCGGUGAUGUCGGAAUACUCUAAUCGUGUCGUAAACGAUCUAAAGACGCAGUUUGACGAGGUGCAGAAUCUGCGACGUGAUCUGGGGAUCAUGAGACAGCUGUAUACCGAGUUUAUGAAGUCGACAAAGGAGUCUCUCAAUGCGUUGCGCACCCAGACGCAGUCCGUCAAGCAACUUGCAAGUGCCAAAGUUGGCGGUGCACGCAGUUUCAUCGAUAGUGGCAAGAGUAAACUCGACACGCGCAGUCAAAAUGUGCUGACGAAGGUGGAGGAGUUGCAGGAUACCGUGGAGAGUCUGAAGGACGAUGUGAUAAAGCGCCAGGUCACACCCAAACCACAGUUGUUGAAGACCAUCCAAGAAGACGUUGCUUCUACAGCCGCGGAGUUGUCGAGUUUGAAGGAUCACAUGGAUACCAUCAAGCCGAUGUGGAAGAAGACCUGGGAGGAAGAACUACAGAACAUCGUGGAAGAGCAAGGUUUCCUCAGUCACCAGGAAGAGCUAUUGGCCGAUUUACUAGAAGACCACAAAGCCCUUGCUGACGUCGUUGAUCAUGUCCAAAAGGUGGUCAAUCUCAGGGGCAAUACUCCUAAUCGCUCGGCUCGUGGACGGUUUAAGGCUCUCCCGGCGGAUGAGGGUCACGGUGGAAUAAGCACGGUAAUGAUGGAGAUCCGAGGCGCUGCGGUGGAUCCGGAGAAGCGACUGAAGGCUAUCGCGGCGAAUCAGAAGAACCGCGAACGAGAGCUAGCGAGUCGAUCUGAUGCAUUCCAAAACGAGCUAACCGGUUUCGUGAGUGGGAAGAAGCUAAAGAUGACCGGAGGCACUGAGGAAGCGGAGAGAGUGAGGCAGAAGAGGAACGAGUUGGCGUUGAAGGCGAUGUUCAAUAGCGCGACCAGUGCGUCCGCGUCCGCGGCCACGGCAAACAUUCCAGGAGAUGUUGGUGGUGGACCAUCGGGGCAGGCCCAGGCUGGGCAGCAGGCUCCCGCAUUAGUACGACCGCCCAGCAAGUGACUCUUAGAUUAUCGUGUGUGGAUUGUUUUGUUUAUGUUACUAUUCACGCAGGUAGUGUCCCGUGCAUUUUGACGAUGUAUUAUUUUCUUCCUUUUGCCAAGGUUCACUGCACGAAGUUCAGAGGCACUAAACGAAAUCACUCUCGCUACAUGAAUCUAAAACCACGGAUAUGUCCAACGCGCCAACUCCUGCCUGCCCUAAGUUCAUGUGUCUGCUGUGAGUGGAGGUUACUUGGAAGUAUAUAGAUGAAGUUCACAUUCAUCUGGCAAUUAUCGUGUGAGCAAGAGCUGUUCUUGCACAGUACACAUCGUAUCUUACCAUACGUAUCGCACAUCUCGUGAUGGGACUGAUCAGACUGAAGACUCUGU